AAACAGGGUUAUGCAGCAGAUCCACAGGCAUUCGAAUCUUUUAUCCUAUUAUAUAUUAUUUUUAGAUCCAAACCUCUGCCCUUCCUCCCCAGAUCUGUUCAUAAAUCUUAAAUUUAGGGUUAUGCCAUGUGGAUGGUUCAGGCUUCAAAUCUGUUCAUCACUGUUUAUGGUAUUGCCAAACUAAACAGGAUAAAGUUAGGCCAAUAUUUAUAUACAUAUAUAUUUUAAUUUCCAAUGGUAAUGAAGGAGUUGGAAUUGAUUUCUUUGUUUGUAUCUUGAGGAGGAGGUUGUAGCCAAUAGGAUAUAUUUGUGUGAGAUCCUACCUCAGUUGGAAAUGAGAAAGAAACAUACUCAUUUUAAAAAUCUUGAAGGGAAAUCUAAAAAAAUCCAAAAACGACAAUAUCUCUCCAAGUGAGCUUGAGUUGUUACAAAUGGUAUCGGAACCAGACAUUGGAUAGUGUGUUUGGGCCCCAAGGGAGCUUGGGUUGUUACAAAUGGUAUACACUGAAUAGUUUGUUUGGGUCCCAAAGGGGGUGGAUUGUGAGGUCUCACAUUGGUUGGAGAGGGAACGGUUAGUGUGUUUGGACACCGAGGGAGGUGGAUUGUGAGGUCCCACAUUCGUUGGAGAGGGAACAAAGCAUUCCUUAUAAAAGUGUGGAAGUCUCUCCCGAACAGACGAAUUUUAAAAACGUUGAGGAGAAGCCUAGAAAUAUCCAAAACAUCUACUAGGGGUGGAGUUUGAUGAUGGAAAACUAAGGGCCACGCAAUACCAAUGUAAACCGUUUAUUUUGGAAGAGAGAUUAUAUAUAAAAAAAAAAUUGAGAAAAAUAAAAACGGCACAGAAACAUAAUUGCAUUAAAUCUUUAUUGAAAAAAACAACCCCCAAAAGAAAGCAGCCUUAUUAAGGUUAAAAACGUGAAGAAAAGGUAUAUAUAAUCAUACAGAUUUUUGGAAAGCAGCGGAAGGGGUAGCAACAAACAAACAACGUUAUCAUAUAAAGUUGGGCCACGAUGGUUUAAGGCCAUCUGGCUGGCCUGAAAGCAAAAUGCAGGUCACUAAAAACCCCUAAUGUUCUUUUGGAUAUCUGGCCUUUAAUUCAUCCCAUUCGCCCCAAGAACUCAGUUGGUGAAAACUGAAAAGCUCUUUCUAUCCUUCUCUCUUUCUUGAAGUUGUUCCAAUUAAAAUACAGCUUUCCGCCACCCUCCUCCCACCUCUCCCCUUUAUCAAUAUAAAAAUGCAAAGCAAACGCCAACCAAAAAUUCCAUCUCCCCCUGCACCACCAUCAUGGCCUAGCUGUUGUUCUUGGAUCCCAGGAUUUAAGGCAUUUCAAAUUGUUUAUAGAGAGGACCUAAUUUAAGACAUCGUAGACCGCAAGACAUGAUUUGGCUCCUCUUGUUUUUGGCACUCCCUAGGCUCAAACCCACUUUUCUGUUUCUCUCAUUGGAGUUUGUAGUUUAGUUGUAAUGCCUGUAAAUUCAUGGACCCUCCCCUCCUCAUCUAUCCUAAUCCUAAUCCUCUGUUUUUCAGUCUUCUACCUCUUCCCUCUCCCAACUUCCGCCAUUAACGAACAGGGUCAAGCUCUACUCACUUGGAAGCUGAGUUUCAAUGGAUCAAACCAGGCUCUACGUAAUUGGGACCCUAACAACCAAACUCCAUGUGGGUGGUUUGGAAUCACUUGCAACACAAACAGAGAAGUAGUGGAAGUAGUACUGAGGGACGUGGAAUUACCUGGUGAACUUCCUUCGAAUUUCUCUUCGCUCUCGUCGUUGAACAGGCUCGUCUUGUCUGGUGUGAACCUCACCGGUUCCAUUCCUAAAGAGAUCGGUGUUCUUAGCCAGCUCCGGACCUUGGAACUUAGUGACAAUGGCUUAACUGGAGAAAUCCCAAGUGAAAUAUGUGCCUUGCUAGAUCUCGAACAGCUUGACCUCAAUUCGAAUCAUCUCGAAGGAUCAAUACCUGCAGGGAUCGGGAAUCUCACGAACUUGAAGGAGCUGAUUCUGUAUGACAAUCAGUUAAGUGGUGAAAUUCCCAUUAGUAUAGGAAAUUUGAAGCAGCUUGAAGUGAUUAGAGCUGGAGGGAACAAGAACUUACUUGGUUCUGUGCCGGAAGAAAUUGGUAACUGCAGCAGUUUGGAGAUUCUUGGUCUAGCUGAAACAAGCAUCUCGGGGUUCCUUCCAUCCAGUCUUGGCCGCCUCAAGAAGCUUCAAACAUUGGCAAUCUAUACUACGCUACUCUCCGGCCAGAUUCCUCAUGAACUUGGCGACUGCACUGAGCUCCAGAACGUUUAUCUCUAUGAGAACUCGCUCUCCGGCUCGAUCCCGAGCACGUUAGGAAGGUUACAAAAUCUCCAGAGUUUGCUAGUAUGGCAGAACAAUUUGGUCGGCGUUAUACCGGUGGAGCUAAGUAAGUGUAACCAAUUAUUGGUCAUCGACAUUUCAAUUAAUUCCUUGACAGGAAGCAUUCCUUCAACGUUUGGGAACUUGACAUUGCUCCAAGAAUUGCAACUGAGUUCAAAUCAAUUAUCCGGUGAGAUUCCGAAGGAGAUUGGAAGCUGUUCGAGAAUCACUCAUAUCGAGCUUGAUAAUAACCAGCUCACUGGUACGAUCCCUUCUGAAUUGGGAAAUCUCACCAAUCUGACAUUGCUGUUCUUGUGGCAAAACAAGCUCGAGGGGAGUAUUCCACCCACCAUUUCCAAUUGUGGCAACCUCGAGGCUUUGGAUUUAUCAUUGAACGCCUUGACAGGUUCGAUUCCGACUGGAAUUUUCGAGUUGAAAAAGCUUUCCAAGCUUCUCCUCCUCUCCAACAACCUCUCUGGUGUGAUAUCGCCGGCGAUUGGUAACUGUUCGUCUCUGUUUCGGUUACGAGCGAAUGACAACAAGCUCACAGGAGAAAUUCCGCCGGAGAUUGGGAAUUUGAAGAACUUGAUUUUCCUCGACCUUGGAAACAAUCGCCUCACUGGAGCGUUGCCUCCGGAGAUCUCCGGCUGUAGAAAUUUGACAUUCCUCGAUUUGCAUUCGAACUCUCUAACAAAAUCUCUUCCAGAAGAAUUCAACCAGCUUUCUUCUCUUCAGUAUGUUGAUCUCUCAAAUAAUCAAAUCGAAGGGACGCCGAAUCCGAGUUUUGGAGCUUUCAACUCGCUCACGAAACUAAUUCUCUCAAACAACCACUUCUCGGGGCCUGUACCGACUGAAAUCGGUUCCUGCUUGAAACUUCAGUUACUGGAUUUAAGUUGCAAUCAGCUCUCUGGAAAUGUUCCUCCGAGCUUAGGGAAGAUUCCUUCGCUAGAAAUUGGUCUCAAUCUGAGCUUAAACCAUCUAACCGGCGAGAUUCCCCCGGAGUUUGCAAAUUUAGACAAGCUAGGGUCAUUGGACCUCUCUUACAACCAACUCUCAGGCGACCUCCACAUUCUCGCAGACCUGAAAAAUCUCGUAGUCCUCAAUGUAUCACACAACAAUUUCUCAGGGCGUGUGCCAGAGACGUCAUUCUUCACGCAGCUCCCUCUAAGCGUCCUCUCAGGGAAUCCGGACUUGUGCUUCGCCGGCGAAAAAUGUUACGCCGAUAACCACACCGGCGGCGGUCACCACACGUUAGCGGCUCGAGUGGCCAUGGUGGUGUUACUGUGCACGGCGUGCGCACUGCUACUAGCGGCAGUAUAUAUCAUUCUCAAAGAUAGACAUUCGUGUCGAGGAUGCUUCAAUGGGUCCCGCGGUGAAGAUUCAGACGCCGCCUUUGAUAGCGACCUGGAGCUUGGCUCAGGCUGGGAAGUGACAUUAUACCAGAAGCUUGAUCUUUCAAUCUCCGACGUAAUCAACUGCUUAACGCCGGCCAACGUCAUCGGCCGCGGCAAGACCGGCGUUGUGUACAGAGUCUGCAUCUCAUCAGGUCUAAUAAUCGCCGUGAAGCGAUUCCGAUCAUCAGAUAAGUUCUCGGCGGCAGCGUUUUCAUCCGAAAUCGCAACACUGGCGAGAAUCCGGCAUCGGAACAUCGUCCGAUUGCUAGGGUGGGGGGCGAAUCGGAGGACGAAGUUACUGUUCUACGACUACUUGCCGAACGGGAAUUUGGGCGAGUUGCUACACGAGGGGAAUGGGCGCGUGGGGUUGGACUGGGAGAGUAGAUUCAAGAUAGCAUUGGGAGUGGCGGAGGGUUUGGCUUAUUUGCACCACGACUGCGUGCCGGCAAUUUUGCACCGGGACGUGAAGGCUCACAACAUUCUGUUGGGGGAUCGCUACGAGGCGUGUUUGGCGGACUUUGGGCUCGCCCGCUUGGUUGAAGAUGGUCCAAGCGGUUCGUCUUCCACGAACCCCCAGUUCGCUGGUUCUUACGGCUACUUUGCACCCGAGUACGGAUGCAUGUUAAGGAUCACCGAAAAGAGCGAUGUGUAUAGCUACGGCGUCGUUUUGUUGGAGUUAAUUACAGGUAAAAGACCCGCAGACUCAUCAUUUGCAGAGGGCCAACACGUGAUUCAAUGGGUGAGAGAUCAUUUAAAGAAGAAGAAAGAUCCAAUUUUGAUCAUGGAUCCCAAACUCCAAGGUCGACCCGACCCACAAAUCCAAGAGAUCCUCCAAACAUUAGGAAUUUCCCUACUUUGCACUAGCGACCGUUCUGAAGAAAGACCGACAAUGAAAGACGUGGCAGCUCUUUUACGGGAGAUCCAACAAGAUCACUUGGCAAACGUAGCAGAGGCUGUCGACAAGCCGCCACGAAACAAUAGCAACGCAACAAGUUUGGAAACAACAUCAUUUUCAUCCUCUUCUACAGCUCGUGCGAGUCAUUUGCUUUUCACGUUGCCUCUUCAGGAGUCAUCACGUUGCUCGUAUGUGUCAUUGUCCUCAUCAAGCACGUAUACGCCGCGUGAACAAUGAUAUUUGCUAUAAUUUAUUAUUAAAAAAAAUUAAGAUUAAGAUUAAUGUAUCUUUGGGAUAAGUAGAUAGGGUAUUGUAAAGGAUUUAGCUUUUAGACCACUUCUUGAAUGGAGAAAAAAAA